AUGUUACCUAUUUGGGAGCCCCAAAACCCUUCGUUUGGUGACAAGGUAGCAAGGGCUACAGUUUACUUUGUGGCUCUGGUCUACAUGUUCCUUGGUGUGUCAAUCAUUGCAGAUCGUUUCAUGGCAUCCAUAGAGGUCAUCACAUCUCAAGAAAAGGAAAUUACCAUUAAGAAACCCAAUGGUGAAACAACCACCACCACAGUUCGAAUCUGGAAUGAGACCGUCUCCAAUCUCACCCUCAUGGCUUUGGGCUCCUCAGCUCCAGAGAUCCUGCUGUCUGUCAUAGAAGUUAUAGGACAUGGUUUCCAUGCUGGAACACUCGGCCCCUCCACCAUCGUUGGCUCUGCGGCAUUCAACAUGUUCGUGAUCAUUGGCCUCUGUGUCUACGUUGUACCUGAUGGCGAGACGAGGAAGGUCAAACACCUCCGCGUCUUCUUCGUCACUGCCAGCUGGAGUAUCUUUGCCUACAUCUGGCUCUAUCUGAUCCUGUCCGUUAUCUCACCUGGUGUGGUGCAGUUGUGGGAAGGACUGCUCACGUUCUUCUUCUUCCCAAUCUGUGUGCUGUUCGCAUGGGUUGCCGACCGUCGCCUGCUGUUCUACAAGUAUGUGUACAAGCGCUACCGCACAGGCAAGCAGCGUGGCAUGAUCAUUGAGACCGAGGGUGACCGCCCCCUACCGUCCAAGGUGGACAUUGAGAUGGAUGGGAAGAUGCUGAACUCUCACGGUGUUGACUUCUUGGAUGGUCCGCUGGGUUUGGAUCUUGAUGAAAAGGAUCUGGAUGAGGAGGAGACCCGGAGAGACAUGGCCAAGAUCCUGAAGGAGCUGAAACAGAAACACCCUGACAAGGAGGUGACUCAAUGUUUUUUUUUUUUACCUAAACAGACAAGUUGACAAAGCAGGUGGAACCUGAGCCAGCAGCAGAAGAGCCGUGCUUUCUAUCGAUGCCAGGCCACCCGACUGAUGACUGGUGCUGGCAACAUCCUAAAGAAACAUGCAGCCGAUCAGGCACGAAAAGCCGUUAGCAUGCACGAGGUACGCUCUGAUGUUGGCGAUAAUGACCCCAUAUCUAAGAUCUUCUUCGAGCCAAAUUCCUACCAAUGCCUUGAGAACUGUGGUACAGUGGCAGUGAAUGUGAUUAUGCGUGGCGGUGAUGUGGGCAAAACUAUAUCUGUGGAGUACCGGACGGAAGAUGGCACUGCCAACGCUGGCUCGGACUACGAGUUCACAGAGGGCGUGGUGGUCUUCAAGCCUGGUGAGACCAUGAAGGAGAUCCGUGUGGGGAUCAUUGACGAUGACAUCUUUGAAGAGGACGAAAACUUCUUGAUUCACCUUUCAAAUGUUAAGGUGUUGUCAUCAGAAGGGGAGGAGCCAGAGGACGGCGAGUCAGCUAAUCAUGUGGACUCAGUGGCCUGUCUCGGUUUACCCUCCACAGCAACGGUUACCAUCUUUGAUGACGACCAUGCCGGUAUCUUUACCUUUGAGGAGCCUGUAUGCCAUGUGAGCGAGAGUGUUGGCACCAUGGAGGUGAAGGUGCUGAGAACGUCCGGGGCUCGCGGUGUGGUCAAUGUGCCAUACAAGACAGUGGAGGGAACUGCACGAGGAGGUGGAGAGGACUUUGAAGACAUACACGGCAUCCUGGAAUUUCAGAACGACGAGAUCUUUAAAACCAUCAAGGUGAGAGUAAUCGACGACGAGGAAUACGAGAAGAACAAAAUCUUCUACAUAGAGAUCGGAGAGCCCCGCCUGGUGGAGAGCAAUGACACCAAAGAGGACAUGCAGCACCUUGUGUCAUCCCACCACAUCUGCCUUUUUGUGUGUAUGAAGACCUUUACGGUUAGGAUCUUAGACCGGGAGGAGUACAAUAAGCAGUCCUCCUUCUACAUUCUGCUUGACAACCCCGAAUGGAGACGCAGCGGGAAGGAACGGACAGAGGAACAACAGAAGGAGGCUGAGGAGGAAGAAGAGCCGCUGGCAGGAAAAGAUGAUGAAGAAAGGCGUAUCGCUGAGAUGGGACGUCCCAUGCUGGGAGACCACGUCAAACUGGAGGUCAUCAUAGAGGAAUCAUAUGAGUUCAAGAACACAGUGGAUAAGCUGAUAAAGAAGACCAACCUGGCUCUGCUGGUAGGAACCAACAGCUGGAGGGACCAGUUCAUUGAGGCCAUCACUGUGAGCGCAGGCGAGGAUGAUGAUGACGAGGAGUGCGGGGAGGAGAAGCUGCCGUCAUGUUUUGACUACGUCAUGCACUUCCUCACCGUGUUCUGGAAGGUUCUGUUCGCCUUCGUCCCGCCAACAGACUACUGGAACGGCUGGGCCUGCUUCGUAGUCUCCAUCUGCAUGAUCGGACUUCUCACGGCCGUCAUCGGGGACCUGGCUUCUCAUUUUGGCUGCACAGUGGGCCUGAAAGACUCAGUCACAGCUGUAGUAUUUGUUGCAUUGGGAACCUCUGUACCAGAUACCUUUGCCAGUAAGGUAGCUGCUAUCCAGGAUCAGUAUGCAGAUGCAUCCAUUGGUAAUGUGACGGGGUCCAAUGCUGUCAAUGUUUUCUUGGGCAUUGGGGUGGCGUGGUCCAUUGCUGCCAUCUACCACAACAGCAGAGGGGAAGACUUCAAGGUGGAUCCAGGCACGCUGGCCUUCUCCGUCACGCUCUUCACAAUCUUUGCCUUCAUCUGUGUUGCCGUACUGAUGUACCGAAGGCGGCCAGAGAUUGGUGGAGAGCUGGGCGGGCCCAGGACUUCGAAGGUCCUGACCUCCAUGCUGUUCUUCAGUCUGUGGCUCCUCUACAUUCUCUUCUCCUCACUGGAGGCCUACUGCCACAUCCAAGGCUUCUAAGAUAACAGCAGAUGAUGAAGAUAAGGGUAGGACGGAAGGAUAAAAUGGAGGGAGAAACUAUAAGGGGAGGUGGAUAAAUGGAUGGAUUUUGAAAUGAAGGCUCAACGAUCAUCAUUCCCUAUCUUUACGCAAUAGACUGAGUGAAGGUUGAUUGGAUGGAUGUACAGAUGAGGGAAUGCAUUGAAGCAUCUAAAACCGGAAUGGAAGGAAGGACAGAUGCAUGGAGGUAGAGAUCGUAGGAGCUAGAAAGCUCAGAAGGAAGCUCUGAAAGAAAUAAUUAACUAAGGAAUACAUUUUUUUUGGUCUCGAUAUAUAAAUUUAAAACAAUCAAGUUGUCUUAAACCCAUCCCUGUUUUAAGCCCAAUAAAACACAUCCUCAACUUUGUUCCAGCUGGUUCAACUAUACAAAAAACAAAAUUUAGUUUUAUGAAGACAGCAAGCGAAAGGUUAAAGUGACAGACGCACCACCACAACUCCUCGGAAACAUAGCAUCAAAAACAAACUAUCUCAUUAAAUCCCAUCCACAUGGGGUAGUGCUGCUCAUUCUUCAUUCUACAGUUACAGGCACCAAUGAGAUGGAAAAAGAACAGCUAAUAUCUGUAUCAGUAUGUAAAUGCAUGGCCUGACUAUACUGAAAACACAAUCAAAAGAAACUGGAUGUAUUGCAACAACUGUUUAAUGACAACAAACUGUGUGCGUGUUGGUGUGUGAGUGUGUUUCUGUGCUCGUGCGUUGUUGGAAGAUGGUCAAGUACUGUGAAAAAAAACCCGACUGAUUAUGCUGUCGCUAUGUGAGACAGAAUAUGCUUUCGUAUUCCAGGUCUUUUUGAUUCUUACCCUCCAGGUCUGUAGAAAAGCCGUGUCAGACUAUUUUAUGUGAGGGCAAGUUCAAUGAAGCAAAAUGCUUUGAAGGUUAGAAAUGUAAAUACAACGAGCUGAAGGUAAAUAACAGCUCCAAUAUGGUUCUUCUGAAUGUCUUGGUCAUGCCAUACGCUCCUGAACGGGCCCUCUCUCUCUUUGUUGCUUUAUACUGUAGAUAUAAAUGAUUUAAGGUCUGAUUUGAAUCAAGAAGGGGUUAGUGUGCUUUUACCUUUAAUAGGCCAUGUCUGAAAAGACAAAACGGCCACUCUACCGUUUAAAACUGUUAGAGAAAUAAUAACCAUUGCAUUAAUACUAAGGUUAAUUGUGCUUGUUCAUUUUUGUUCAUUUUUUAAACUGUGGAAUUCAAAUCACUGAUUUUCCAUCAAGGGAUUGUCACCUUCAUGCGACAAUUGUGACAUUGCAAUAGACUUUGAAAAAAUUAGGUACCGCCCUCUGUGAAACCUCAUAGGAUGUCUGUUUUAUAACUUCAUCUGUCAUUGUUUAUCUCAUAUUAAUGCCCAAUGGUUCACUCAACAGCUCCAGACAUUAUCUCUGUGUGUCUUAAGCACCUGGCUGGUCAGUGGACCAAUCCAAAAUAUUCAAGGGCUUUCUAUGAAACAACCACUAAUCCCUAACCACCCAAUUUAUAAUUCUUCAGAUAGAUUGGUCUUCAGGGAGAUCUAUAACAGGGAUUGUUAUUACUUCACAUAAGACACCAUCUGCUCAGUUGAAAGGACAUUACUUACAGUAACACAGCUACAUUAAUUGGAAGACAUUGUCACCCAGAGUGUCAAGGGACAUCUUAAUAUUGGAGAAGGUUACAUAAAGAUUUUUAACCCUUUUUUUGGAAUCUGCAGUUGGUUAUGAGGACUACCAAUACAUUAGCCUUAUUCCAAACCAAACCAUCAAAGCAAUGUUCUUCUGCUUCAACUCAUAAUAAUAUUGCUGAUUUCUUCUACCCUUCAGGCAUAUGGCUCAUUAAUGCUUUAACCCAAAUUAUGUGGUAUUGUUUAUUCAUUUAAGGUCAGGUGUUUGCUCAACCAGAAGUAUUCUGUAACACACUUUAUUCCAAGCUUUACCCCUGCCUUCGAAAUGAACCAUUGACUUUUCCAUUCAGCAGCUAGUUUUCAGUCUUAAUAUUGGAGCCAUCAGAUGAAGAUAUAGUCCAAAAGUAUUUGCUGCUGGUGAAGAAGUAGUCUCACAAACAGAUACAAUUUAUGGUAGAUAACCCCUGAUAGGCACAUUGAAUAUCUAUAACCAAGUUGAUAAACUGUUAGUAAAACAACCCCCAGAAAUUGCCCCAUUGGGACCUGUAUCAUAAAGUGAGUUGUCAGGUUCUGUUUGGAUUACAUUGAUCUGGAUCUAGUAUAGCCAGUCGCAGAUAAUCUAGUGGCCCUGUAAGGCUGGAUUUCAUAGUUCAUAAAAACAACAUGCAACAUUAACACAUUAAAACGAGCAUGUUUAAAAACUCUAUUUGUCAUGUUUUCAGAGCAAAAGCUGGCAAAAUGCAUCCCAUGUAAGAGCUAAGACUUUUAAAUGCCCAUGUCUGGCUCUAUAGGCUAGCUAGUAAACAUAUGUCAAAAUGUGCUUUCAGGAGCAUGGACUCUAUAAACACUAAAAUAUUCAACUAGGGAGUAGUCGGAUAGACCACACUAAACUGCAAGAGCAACUUACAGACAUUACCAGACACUAAUUUUCUGGGAAUCAUCUUUCCUGAGUCAGUCAUACAGAUACAUAAAAUGGAAAAGUGGCUUAAAAACUUACAUGUGGAAAUCUUCAGGCCUACUGUAUCUCGACUAUCAGAGAGGUUUACAUUUAAGACUGUUAACUAUUUUACUUGGUCAGCCAAAAUCACAGAGAACUCAACUUUCACAAAACUUACUGUAUAUGUCCAUUGUUUCUUAAAUGGCACUAUACAAUAUGCAUCUGAAUUGGCCAGAAUUUUCCUGCUGAUGUUGUGUUUUUUAACUUGAUGUAUAAGUAGUAUUUAAUUGUCAUCUGUAAAGUAAGUAGUCUGGGCUAGUUGUAAUCCAUUUCAAACUUGGCAAAAACCUUGCCACAGACAGCUUUCGACCCCUGUGAGAGAGUAGACCUCAGCAGAGCAGUGGAUUGGAUGAGUUUGGCAAAUCCCCAAUGUCUUCAGGACAUUUUAUAGAAAGGCUUGAGCCUUUGAUUUCAGUAAUUUAUAUAUUUGUCAUUUUCUCAUUCCUGAAAUGAUGCACCCAAAAUAUGGAAACCUUUAAGACUGACUCAAUGAUUCAUUGUUUCAGUAUCUAGUCCAACACCAGGGUUCCAGCAAUAUGGUUUGGAAUCCUGAAAUCUGUCCACUUCACAAUUGAAUAAACAUUGCAGCAUACAGUGCUGUGUUUUAUAGAGAACAAAGCCUAUUAGAGAACCAUUUAAAGAGUAAACGAUUGGUAUGAACUCUAAUGUUGAAUCACCCUUUGAACGCUUGGUAUAAAAUGAGAUUGUUUAGUUACAACUUGUAUUUGCCAAACUCUACCCAGUGUGCGGCUCUUCAUUAGAGCAGCUGUUCUUUUGAAGGCCUUGGAGUGGCAGUUUACCCCUGUUUUUGCCAAAGGGAAAUCUUUCUAUCAAAAACGUAAUAUUUACAGUCGGACCUGUAAAGGGUUUUCUAACCAAUGGAUCUUUCUAAAAAAAACACCAAAUAUUAUUCAUGUUUCAUUAACACUCUAGACCGACACAAAAAAUGCCUUGUCGUUGUUUAAACCUAACCAGAAUCUUUCUAUUUACAUUUGUUAUGCAUUUGUCUCUUCACUGGCAUGGAGCUUAAGGUUUAUACACUGUAAAAAGUUAUGCUAGCUUGCGCAAAAAAAAAAAAAAGAAGAAGAAAUAACAUUGUGAAAGCUGUUUGCCUCACUUUUUGAGUAACUUCAACAGGGUAUAAAUUAUCUUUGAGAUUGCUUAGUCAUGUUGGAUUUACUUAAAAGUGUGCCUGCUGCCUAAUUUGUCAGAGUGAACUAGUGCAGGAAUGAAAAGCUUGCAGUAGUGUAGUUGUUGGAUCACAUUAGUUUGCCGCACAAAUUUUCCAGAAGCCAACAUUUUGUAUUGAUAUGAGCUACUUCUUUUGCUACACCUACUUUGUGUCACCACCUCUUUCAGUGUAUUGACCUUGACUUAGAAGCUAGUCUGAUGUGAAGCAUACUGCAGAUUAACGACAGCUGUUCAAAACCCCAUGGGGUUUGGACCAAGGUUGGAAGCUAAAAACUGGCUAUCAUCAACUAGCAAUUUUGCCCUCUUUACCUGCAACAAUUGUAAGUACCAAACCAAGUUAUUUCUCUACUUAACUUAUUUCUCCAGACAAGGGGAUCACAAUAGCAGUUGAAUAUAGCUUCCUACCUUGGUUUGAGCUUUUGAGGUUUGAAGGGUCAAAGGUUAGCCAGGCCACCGCUGUAAAUAGAACACUAAGAGCAAGCAAGGAGUACAUAAAUGAGCUGUAGACUAAGGUAGAUGUUUUUUAUUCUUCUAUACUGGGGUUUUAAAAGGUUCACAAAGUCUAAAAAUUGAAGGAAAAGUAUUGCACUGGUUCCUGUUGCUUGUGUGAAACGGCUACUGCAUUGUUUUGUCGGAAAAACUUGCUUCAGAUGUAAACAACAACAACAAUAACAGGUUCUUUUUGGACUCUGAUGUUCACAAUAAUAAUGUCGUACGUUGAAAAAAAAAUACAAUGGUGUUGAAUCAGUUGUGAACCAUUUGCAAUGUUGCUUCUGAUGUAAAGAUCAAUGCUGUGUUUUUCGUUGCCUCGUUUACUUCUUAACUGACUGUCUGACAGACUGAGGAAUAAGUGACUGCAACAGCAAACAGACAGGGAGAAAAAAAACAAGUGAAAGAAAGGAAGGAUAAACAACCCUGUUGGUACACGCUGAGCAACGUCAUUCUGAGACGUUGGGGGAAAAAAACAUUGCCAGAGCUAUUCUCCACCCUUAAAGUGACAUUUAAUGAGUAUAAUGUAAACGGACGGUGAUAAGAGGAGGAUGGAGGAGAAGAUGAGUAGGAAGAGGAUGAAAUUAAAGAUAAAAAAAAGAUGAAGUUACAGCCAUACCUUGAUUUCUGGGUCAGUGAGAUUGAAAUGGACUUCUCCUGCCCAGCAUGUGUAUUGUUAUGGUGUCUCUCUGCCCCUCUGUGUCUCUUCCCCCGCUUUCUCUGUCUUUCCUUUUCUGCUGCUAAAGCAACCAAAAACAGGCAGCAAUCCUUUUGUUUCGUCUUUUCUUCUCUCCUUUUUCCCCCUAAAAAUUCCCUUUUCGACCCUUUGUCUCCCUUUGCCACGUUUUCCAUAUUUUGGAAUGUCAAUGUGCUACUUGUUGACACUGUGCAUGAAUGAUAACAUGUCUGUAUAUAGUAUUAGAGACUCGUAUCCCAUUCCCCUGGUGUUGACAAAAUAAUGGUUAGAAUGUUGUACAGAUUCAGGUUUUCUGUUCAUCUUUAUAUUCUGUUCAGUUACGUUUUUUUUAAUGUAUGUAGAGCUUAAAAACAGUAUGUUUUAAUUUAAACGAAGACAAAAGUCGUCUUUUGUUUUGAAAUAACUUGCACAUUACUGAUAAAUUAAUUAAGUUUUUUUUGUUAAAAAGGCAAUAUCUGCUGUUAUUGAAUGAAAGAUGAGAUCUUAAAGGAGUUAUGUAUCUUAAAUCAAUAAUCUAUACGGAAGUUGCAUGGGUUAUUUGUACAAAAAAAAUACACUGCUUGCUACUUCUAAUACUGUGGCUGUAUUCUCUGACAGAGGGUGAGGAAUACUGUAUGUACAUCUAAAGGUUAUUUUGUCAUUAAAGAAAUAAUUAUAAUUAUAAUAAUAAUAAUAUAGUGUAUAUACUGUACAGUGUUAUAAGUGAGGUGGACUGUAUGGCCAUCACGCUAACCAUAGAGAGUUAAUGCUACUUAUUUAUUUAAAGGUAACAAAAACGCUCACUACACUCAAGAAUGACAUAUAUUGCCUUUUUGGAGAAGUUGUAGUUUGCUUCAAGCUGGUUUUCUCUUUCUUUCUCUCUCUCUCUCUCUCUCUCUCUCUCUCUCUCUCUCUCUCUGCUUUGCUCUUUCUCCUCACUCCUCAUCUGGCUACCCUCUAUUAUCUUUUUUUUUUUCUUGUCAGCUUUCUUCCCAUCCUCGUCUCCUCUUCUUUGUGGGGCGUUUUGGGUGGGCUUUUGGUAGUCUUUUUUAAAACAGCUUUUGACAGUGUCACUUUUUCUGUUCAUCCGUCUGGCUGCAUAUCAAUUGACUCACCAUACCUGCUCGUAUUCUCCUUACAUGUAUAUCCUCCAUGGUUAAGUACAGCUUAUUUGUCUAUGUCCCCAUCUGUCUGAGUCUCUUACAGGAUCAUCUGUCUCCAUCUGUCUGAUUUGAAACUGUAUGCCAUAUUUUUCUUCUAUCUUUCUUUUUUUAAUCCCUCUCUUAGCUUCAGCACUUUUUUCCAUCUUGUUCUUUCUUUCUUUCUUUUUCUUCACUUUCACAGGGUGUAGUCAGAGAUUCAUGUUUUUCAACUUGAUUUGGUGUGUUUUGUUUUUUUUUCUAAUGGAAUAAUAACCGCAACAGUUAUAAUGUUGGUAAUUAUGAACGUUUAUUUUGUUUGCCACUGUCCUCUGUGUGUUUGUGUGCGUGUGUUAAAUGUUUUUUUUAUUAAUAAUUUUUGUUGAACACAAACUGAUAGGAGGAAAGUUGUUGUAUGUGUGUUGCCACUAACUGUGACUGCUCUCCAUGGUACUUCUGAUAAAACCAAUAAAAUAAAGUUUGGGAUACCCUGUUUCAGAGA